UGCAUGCUACUCUGUUCACGAGCUGAGAUCACGAUCUCCCCGGUGACGUCUGUGUCCCCUCUGCUACCAGUGGCCUCAUGCCAUAUAUAUUCAUGCCGGGCAAGAUGGCGGCGAUACGGACGAGGUAUUAUUGCCAGUGGACAUAAACAGGCAUUUUAUUCAAAAUAGAAACCCGAGGCAGAUACGUUUAUACACUUGACCGUAUCGUGUGUGUAUUUACCGUGUAACGAGCGACGUAUUUUUUACUUCACGCGUUUCAACGUUUUUUUCUUACAAAAUGUUCACGUUGUAGCUCGCUCGCUAACCGACCAGCUGGCUAACAGAGAGCAGUUACUAGCUAGCUAGGUAUCUAUCACAGCCAAGCCGCCGUGAAGUGUAGAAUGGGAGAAAAGCUGGAGCUCAAGCUCAAAUCGCCGGUUGGAGCAGAACCUGCUGGCUAUCCGUGGCCAUUACCAGUAUACGAUAAACAUCAUGAUGCUGCUCAUGAAAUCAUCGAGACCAUUCGGUGGGUGUGUGAGGAGAUCCCAGACCUCAAACUUGCAAUGGAAAACUACGUACUUAUUGAUUACGACACCAAGAGCUUUGAGAGUAUGCAGAGACUUUGUGACAAGUACAACAGGGCCAUCGACAGCAUUCACCAGCUGUGGAAGGGGACCACCCAGCCCAUGAAGCUGAACAAGCGCCCUUCCAACGGGCUGCUGAGACACAUCCUACAGCAGGUGUACAACCACUCAGUGACCGACCCGGAGAAGCUGAACAACUACGAGCCCUUCUCCCCUGAGGUGUAUGGAGAGACCUCUUUCGACCUUGUGUCUCAGAUCAUCGACGAGAUGGAAAUGAUGGAAGAUGACACCUUUGUUGACCUCGGCAGCGGAGUGGGGCAGGUAGUGCUGCAGGUUGCAGCGGCAACCAACUGUAAACACUACUACGGUGUAGAGAAAGCAGACAUUCCAGCUACCUAUGCAGAGACCAUGGAUAAAGAGUUUAAAAAGUGGAUGAAGUGGUAUGGGAAGAAACAUGGGGAGUACACACUGGAAAGAGGUGACUUUCUGUCAGAAGAAUGGAAGGAAAGGAUCGCCAACACAAGUAUUAUUUUUGUGAAUAACUUUGCCUUUGGUCCAGAGGUAGAUCACCAGCUGAAGGAGCGCUUUGCUAACAUGAAGGAAGGUGGGAAAAUUGUAUCCUCCAAACCUUUUGCACCUUUAAAUUUUAGAAUAAACAGUCGAAACUUGAGUGACAUUGGCACAAUAAUGCGUGUGGUAGAGCUUUCUCCACUCAGGGGCUCCGUGUCCUGGACAGGAAAGCCAGUUUCCUACUACCUGCACACCAUAGACCGCACCAUACUUGAAAACUAUUUUGCUAGUCUCAAAAAUCCUAAACUCAGGGAGGAGCAAGAGGCAGCUAGGCGACGUCAGCAGAAGGAUAUGAAGGACAGUAAAAGCAAUAGCACCACACCCACAAAACCUAAAGAACAAAACAAGCAGGACUCCUGUGGUGAGGAGGAACGUCCUAGCUUGGUGACAGUGGUCAAGCCCUCUGCCAAACCCCGAAGAACUCGACUCUUGUCCAAAGGUCGCAAGUUGAACAACAAGAAACGUGGUCGACCCAAGAAAGCCGCCCCGGCUGCUGAGAAGAAAAACAAGAAGAAUCAGAGCGCUUUGGAUUUGCUGCACGCCAAGACCCUUUCUGCGGCACCCCCUCAGGAUGCGUUCCGGCCAUCUCAGAGUCCCUUCUACCAGCUACCUCCCAAGGUCCAGCACUAUCCCUCUAGUCAACUGCUGCUGAGCCCGACUCCUCCUGGUCUGCAACAACUGCUAGAUAACAUCAAAGUUCAAUACCUCCAGUUUAUGGCCCACAUGAAGACUCCUCAGUACCGCUCCAACCUGCAGCAGCUUUUAGAGCAGGAGAAGCAAAAACACAGGGACCUUUCUGGGCAGGCAGAGCAGCUCCACUCUGUUUGUCAGUCUCACAAGGACAUGAUCAAAGGUCUCUUUCAGACCAAACUAGAUGAGUUGGGAGUGAAAGCAUUGACUGUGGAGGACCUGCUGCAAGCCCAGAAGGAGAUAUCAGCCCACAAUCGUCAGCUGAAGGAGCAGACUAAGCAGCUUGAGAGAGACAUGGCCUUACUGAGAGACCACAGCCUACUACUGCUGAAGUCUCGAUGUGAGGAGCUAAAGCUAGAUUGGGGCUCUUUGUGUCUGGAAAGUUUGCUGAAGGAGAAGCAGGCGCUACGCAGACAAAUCUCUGAGAAACAGAGACACUGCUUGGAGCUGCAGAUCAGCAUUGUGGAGCUGGAGAAAAGUCAAAGGCAGCAGGAGCUGCUUCAGCUCAAAUCCUACAGCCCAUGUGAGGGCUCCCCGUACAGAAAGAGCCUGGAAUCACGCUCUUCCACAGACAUGGACUCCGCUAAGCUUGGCCUGUCCUCAGCCCCAGCCCUCAAUGGUGUCAGCCCAGAGCUGUCUGUCAAUGGCACCAGCUCACCCUGUUUUGACCGGGCCAACACCAAGGCGGAGCUUCUUUCUCGCUAUCUGCCCAUCUCUCCAGACCACGAGAUUGUACCUGCCACCCCUGAUGCCCGGCAGAGGCAGCAAAGUUCCUCCUACGCUCUUCCUGAUUACACACGCUUCUCCCCUGCCAAGAUUGCUUUGCGGAGGCAUCUUAACCAGGACCCCAAUGCCUCUGCUCACUUGAGAGGUCCAGGGCUGACCACACACAGGGAAUUAGGUGGUGUUAACUCUCCGCUUGGAGCCAAACAGAACUGCCCGUCUCCCAAUGCAUCUGAUGCCCAGAAUACUCUUAAAAGUUCUGAGAGGGGUGGUAAGGAGAGGAGCCCGUCUGUUCAGGGUGACAACAGCAUUACAAGCCUUCCAAUAAGUAUCCCUCUGAGCACUGUCCACCCAAGUAAACUACCAGUCAGCAUCCCUCUGGCCAGCGUGGUGCUGCCCAGUCGGGCUGAGAGACUGAGAAGUACUCCGAGUCCUGUGUCUCAGGCAGGUCAGACCAAUGGAUAUUCAUCCAGCUCAGGGCUGAUGAAUGGAGGUCCUCAUCCCGAAGACCAUAAUGGUGCUUCUUCAUCACCUCCUCCACACACCAACACACCUUUGACAGGACCAAUGGGCCGAGGAGGUCCCAUCCAGAGCCCACCACUCAGCACUGGAGGGGUGCUCCAGUAUGCAGAUGGACCCCCGCGGAUUCUUCCAGAAGAUGGACAGGAUCACCAGGGUGGUGAAUCCGACACGGAGCCCCAGGACACUGAACUGCGGAGGAGAAUCUUCUUCUCUUCUUCCUCCUCUUCAUCCUCGUCUUCCUCUUCGUCAGGAAGUGGAGGCAGCACGGCCGGAGGAUCACGCCUCCACCAUCACACUGGCAACUCAGCCAAGCAGGGAUACCACAGUAACCAUGGAAACCACCACCACCAGUCGCCUGGCACACAGCAUACUCACACACCCACACAUACGUCGUCAUCACACUCCUCUCACAGCCUCGGCUCUCAAGAGGGACGUAAGCGGGGGAGAAGGAAACGCAGCUGUGCAGUGGCUGUCACGGCCAGCGGAUCCCCAAAGAGGAGGUCGUUCCCCGGGCUCAGCUCCAACAACCACUCCUCAGGAUCGCCGCUCAACAUUAACUCCAUGGUGAACAACAUAAACCAGCCUCUGGAGAUCUCUGCCAUCUCCUCCCCAGAACAAUCUAGCCGCAGCCCUACUGGGCCUGACCUGGACCAGCCUCCCAUCUUGAAGAGAGAGCGCCCCCUGGAACUCAAUGGCACAGGUCGUUACUCCUCAGCCCCCAGCUCUGAUGAUGAGGACUCAGGAUACCCUGCCGACAGCUCCAGUUCACGAAUUGAAAGGAAAAUUGCCACUAUAUCCUUGGAGAGCAGAGAUGGACCUGGUAGACUAGGGGAUAGUGAAAGAGGCAGGAAAUCUGGUAGCAGCAGUGGUAACAGCACAGGCAGUGAGGCCUCUUCUUCGUCCUCCUUGUCCUCUGCCAGCAAGUGGAAAUCCACCUUUUCACCCAUUUCUGACCCCAAGCAACCCAUCUCUGACCUGAGACAGGGGGGCUCUCCAUUUGGCAUGGGGGGGUCGAGCCGGGGCACUGACUCAGAUUCUGACCACAAACAGCAUCAGCAGGUGAGGAAAGGGAAUGAUGGAGAGUCGUCCAGCUACAUGAACCCCAAUCCCUUCCUCAGUCAGGAGGCAGGGCCCCGGGGUGGAGGCAGUGGUGGUGGUGGAGGUGUGCAGGGAGGCAGUGGUUCAGACCAACGGCAAGCCCUCCAGAAGCAGAAGGCCCCUCGCGACUGGGAGCUGAAGACCAGCAGCAGCCUGGCCAGUCAGAACCUCUUCAUAUCUGCCGCUGCCAGCAGUGGAGGGGGCAUUCUGAGUGGGAAGGUGGGAGGCAGUCCUGUAGCAGUUUCCUCGACCACAGGAUCAUCUGUGGGCCAGUACCUGGGGUCUCAGUUCCCACUUGGAGGGGCCUCAGUCUUACAGUCCUUGUUCGGGGCCCAGACAGGAGGAUCCACAGUGAGUGGGACCCCGCGACUCGUCAACGGACACUCUGCCCUGGGAAGCUUCUCCACUGCUGGGCUGGCAGGAGGAGCGGCUGGAGGUAAUUGAAUAAAACUACCUCAACAUUAAAUAAACUAUGCAAAUGUCCAGGUGUGGAUCAAGGCAUUCUCCUCACUCACUGGUGCUUCAAAACGUCUGCACUACCCAACCGCCUCCAAGACCGGCUGCUGUACUGGGAUCUCUGACACACACACACACACACACACACACACUCACACACACACUAACCACCACUAUGGUCACCUUGAGCAGAAUUCAUACUGGUCAUGUUUAUGUGUGUGUUAUAUGAAUGCUAAAAUGUUGGUUUGAAGAUUUUACUAUAUGGAAAUCUGUAACAUUAAGGUGCUCAAUAGUAUGAUAGUGUGUCAUUUUUUGUCGUAGUCACUAUUAUAGCAACUCGUGUUCAGCUAAAUAAUCUGUUUUUAAUGAUUUAAUUUAACAUUUAACAACAGAUGGAAGCACACAGUCCACCUUUUUGAGCUGAAUCUAACGAUGUGUCACGUUCCCUCCAAAGUUUCACUUCAUAUGAGUGCAUGUGUUUGCACACUCAAACACACUCACACACACACGCACACACACAGACCAGUUCACCGAACUCUGCUCAGAUGUCAUGCAGUUUCACCUCUCUGCAUGCGGGCUCUCUUAUCUCUGUAUUCCUCCCUCAGUGAAAUUCAAUGUUUGUUGCAAGAUGAGGAACUUUUGGUCUAACUGCACACUGGAUAGUAAGAUACAGUUACUCAUGUAGCAGAAGAUGUACAAGUCCUGGCUGGUUUGUUGACACCCCUUAAACUCUGGUUAUGUUGAUGAUUUACAAUAUUUUCAUAUUUAAGAAAAUGAAAAAUGUGGGUUUCUUACUUUUAAGUCCCUUUACUUACUGUAUAAGCAAAGUGGUACAAAAAUUGUAUAAUUCUGUUCUGGCAGCCCUUUUUGGCACACAAAACUAACACUUCCUUUCUUUGCUACUAACUGGAGCAAAACCAAUUAAGUUCACAUUCUGAGUGAUUAAAAUAAUUCUUCAGGUGUGGUUCAGUGUUUCUCUUCUAAUAUCAGAUAUUUAACAUAUCAGUGAAAGUCGCUUUGUUUACUUCAAAAAGGAGCUUUUUGGUAUUUUGUGACAGCAAUCAGGAAUAUUUAACAUUCUCUAAACAAAUGAACUGAAGAAAGAAGAAUAUGGAAGAACAUCAGUGUAUGUCUUGAAGUCUGAACACAACAAUGUUCUGAUUUCAGCCUAAUGUUGACAAUAUGGUGAUUUAGCAACAUUUCAAGGGUGCCAAUAAUGCUGAGCAGAGCCAAGUACACUUUAAUUAAAAAAAAAAAGACCCCAUGAAGUUCAUUUAAUGAGCUGGUGCUCUGUCUAGACAUAGUCAGCCAUUCUGUAGUAGAGACCCAGUGUUGUCAAAGAGUUGUGGCCACACUGUUGUUAAGGUUUAGUGAAGCUGAAUCCAGGUAUAAAAGAAUUACAGUAAAACCACAGAAAAAAUCUACUAAUUUUUGUAUUUAUUAACAUUUUCUUAUUCCGUCAAUUUGGUAAAUCACACUACUAUGUGGGACUGCAGCAGACAUUCUUACAGCAGGAAUUUUGAACUCUUAAGCUAAACUUACUCAUAUUUACCUCUGCUAUUGGGAAAUGCAGGUUUAAGCAAAUGUUUAGGACUCACAUGUGGACAUGUGGACUUCAGUUCAUACAAACACACGCACACGUACACACUCAUGCAUGCAAAUCCUCACACACUGAGAAAACAAUUAACCAAUUACCACAACAAACUACUGGACUCUCUUCACACCUUUUGUUUGCUUUUUUGAUUGUGUAAUUUGUUUUUUGUAAACAAUGUUUGUACUGUGAAUGUGAUUCAUUCUCCGACUGUAUAGUUGUGUAUAAUUUAGAUUAUUAUAUUUAUGCUGUCAGUCUCUCCAUUUGCCUUAGUAUUUGUUUUUCUCUUUAUUUUAUUAUUUUUUUUUAUCCUGAAAUGUGUUGACAUUGUAGAAUGCAAUAGUGUGUGUACUUGACUCACAGUCUGAAAACAAUGGUGCUACAUUUGGACUGUACCUGAUCUUAUUUAUUCUAUAGUGAAAACAUCAAAAACAAAUUGAAUACUUGGUGCUGUACACAGGGACAUUUGUAAAGCCAUUUUUUUUGGCAUUUCCUUUCUCAUAUUUAAUAUGCUAUCGUCUGGUCCUUUGAAUGCCUAGUGUACAACUGCAGACACCACCUGUAGAUAAAACUACUCUGCAACAGCUGGCUAGCUGGCAGGUAUGAGGACUUCUGUUCAUGUUUCUCACGCCACAGUUUUAAACGUAAGUCAGCCCGCUUUGCUCUCAAAAGUGAGCUGCUUAUUUGUUAGUGAACAAGACACACUGUUUUUGUACAUAACAUUUUAUUUUUCCUUGUAUGUCUCUUCAUAAACAGAAAGGUAUAUAAAAAUGUAUCUAUAUACAGUCAUAUAUAUAUAUAUAUA